GGGGUGACAGUACAGAGAACACUGUAUUGUGCACGUAUAAAGCCGUAUUUGUGUCACACUUGAGGCGUAUCAUUCGAGACGUGCUGGUGAACCAUGACUCCGCUAGCCACUUUCUUGAUCGCCUGCUUGUUGUUAUGCGCCGUUCAUGGCAAACGAGGCAAGAAGAAGGAGCCAAGAUGUAAGAAAGGCAGUGUAGCUCAGGUCCUCGCAGCAUUGCAGGAGGAGACGUAUUACCUCACGCGUACAACGAAUAAUCUGCGAGAGCCCUGUUUCUUCCUGUCUGCUCAGGGGUUAAACGAAGGGUGCGUGCCCGGGACGCCAGUAACGUACGGAUACAGGAAAGGCAAAAAAUGGCGAUGGUUUAACAGAACAGUAGUGGUCGCAGAGCAGAAAGACGAGAAAGACCUGAAAGAGCGGAGAUUUCCUUCUGAUCUUGAUGGGCUACUGAGAAGAAAGAAAUUAUUAAUUCAGGGCAAAGACUGUUUCGUCCUUCAAUUAAUAGUCGAUAUUGAGCUGUGGGUCACGAAGCCUUCCGUUGACAAUUCAACAUGCUGUAUAUCGACGUUCGAUAGAAUGCGUAAAGAUGGACCAUACCAGACGCCACAGAACUUUGGUGACUGCUGAAGGCGCCUCAGUUGUGAAACCUCAACGCCAAGGCGUUUGAAUAAAUACUUGG